AUGAAGAUCAUGAGGAACUACAAGUCUCUACAUCUGUUCCUUCUUCCCAUUUCUGUACUCCCCCUCCUUAUCUGUCCUGCGUCUGCCACUUCAGGAUCUGACUAUGACUUUGGAGCCCACCCACGCUUUAUUUGCACUCCUAUCCCUGUAAACGCAGACCCUGCCUGUUCCCCCGCUGCAGGUCCAAGUGUAGGGGCUACAGGGCCCAGCGGACAGAGUCAUCAAAGUGCACCCCCUGCUGGCUGGUGGGGGGCAAGCGAGGAGGCCAAAGCCACCAUCCUACACCUCAGGGAGAGCUUGGUCCAGCAGAAAGAGACCAUCCUGGACCAGAGGGAGACCAUUAGGGAGCUGACGGCCAAGCUCGCUCUGUGUGAGGGCCUCGCACGGGGCCCUGCAUCUCAUGAAGAGCAUCAUGGAAUAGCCUCGCGCUUGCAUCACACAGGGCUGGCCGGCCACCACACGUUUGCAGACAACGGGCACUAUAGCAACCAUCAUAGUCACCAUGGAAACAGUAACCUCGUUCCGGACUCACUGCUGUACCCCUCUGCGGGGGGGCAACGAUCUGAUGGAGGGCACAGCAGCAGCAGCAGCAGCAGCCAGGGGAAGGAUAAACAUGUGGCAAGAGGGGACAUCACUUCAUCACCUGAGCACAUGGAGAGGAUGCUGCAGGCCCUGAAGGAGAGGCUGGAGAACCUGCAGGUGAGCAAACUUUUCCAACUAUCUGUCAAUGAGGAUAUUAUUAAACUGGGGAGAAGAACAUGAAAGUUAAAAAACAUAACUAGUUAAAUGUCUGCCUCAGGUGAUUUGCCGGGUGCCCAUAUAUGGCUUUUCCUUGUUUAAGCACAUUAAUGCUGUUGUCAUCAGUGUCCCAAAGUAGUAUUUCCAUUUAGAAUCUGAGUUAACAAUGAGUUACCUAAUCCCAUAAAGCCGCUCACUACAGCGGCAACAGGGUCACUUUGAUGUCCGUAAGAGGAAAUCAAAGCAGGAGCAGCAAUUGGCUCAGAGUUGGACGUCACUGGUUUAAGAUACUCUUUAACAAGGUUAAAAUCUGGCUGGACAUGCCAGAGAUUUUUUUUUUUCAAACAUGCCCGAAUAUUUAUCUGCCCUCAACCUCAUAGACAGAUGUCAGGAGCUGCUGCGAGUUUAUGGUGGUCGGGGGGAGUGCUGCAUGAGUCUAGCAUCAGCUGUAAUUAUUGUGAUCUCCCUUGACAGACUGGUAAUCAGGGCAUGUACCAGAACAAAGCCAGGAUUACCUGAGAGGUAGAGAGGCAGAUACAGGGAGACAUUCAGACUAACACCACACCUGACUGUUGUUUUCAACAUAGUUACAUUUGUAGUGAAUUCUAAUAGUGGGAUUAUGAUGUCCAAAACACACUUGGGUUUGUAGACCGCAGGUUUGCAGAAGCUUGCGUGAUCCUUUCGGGCUCCUAAAACGAAGCCAAGGGAUUAAGAAACAGGAAGUCUUUUUUGUCAUCAUGACCUCACAUGUGUUUUUCCCUCCUCCAUGCAGAAGAGGAACACGUCUAUCACUUACUCCAGCUCUCUGAAAGACCUCCUUCAGAGGAAGAUCAACGCUCUGGAGCAGCAGCUGCAUCACAACACCGCCACUCUCAGCAGCACAAACGCUCACCACGAUGAAGACGACGCCGGCCACAAAAACGAUGGAGGUCACCACGAUGAUGAUGAUCAUCACCAUGACGACAAUGGACACCCCAAUGACCACAAGGACGACCAUAAUGACAGAAGUCACAGUACCAGUGGGGAUGACACCGACCAUCACGAUGACAGCCACAGUAGUGACCACCAUGACACUGGGGAUGACCAUCACGACCAUGAUGACCAUCGUGACCAUGAUGACCAUCGUGACCAUGAUGACCAUCGUGACCAUGAUGACCAUAAUGACCAUGAUGGCGUCCACCAUGAGGAAGAGGAUGAUGAUGAACACCAUGAUAAUGAAGCAGACAGUCACAGUUACCUUUCACACACGGCAUACAGAAUACCAGGUCCACGCGGCAGUUUCCACACAAACAAACUGGAGACCAUGCUCAACCAGCUGCACCUCACAGGUACACGACCACUGUAGCAACUAGACAGUAUCAUGUAUUUAUCAUAUAUAGUGUUUCACCAUUAAUGAACCAACUUUAGUUUAAGAGGAAGUUAUAUAAAAUACAUAUUCUUAAGCUCCAGAAUAUUACAGAGUCUAAAAAGUAGUUAAAUCAGCAUAAUUUAACUAUUAAUUAAUUAAUGCAGAAAGUCUAUACUUGAUGGUAAAGAUGACACAACUCUGGUGGUAUAACAGCAUUAUUGUGCAUUCACUGAAUGACAUUGGAGAGCUGUGAUCAUUUCCUUAACUGCUGUUUUAAGACCAAUAAUAACCUUUUUUUUAAGCUAUCAGAAAAGUUGCUUUUACCUCAAUUGCUGAUCAAGACAAGACAAUUUGGACAUCUAUAUUAUAAAGGAUGAUAAACGGCUCCGUUAAGAAAUCUUAUAUAGGCUAUCACAACUGAAAACUGCAGAUCACAGCAGUCGCCACAUGGAGGACUUAAACUAAAGGGCUAUAUUUUUAUUUCUCACUAAACAGGUUCCAGCAGGAAGAAAUUCAAAAGUCCUGAUGCCUUCCAGAUCAGCUUCCCCAUGAGAACCAACUACAUGUACGGGCGGAUGAAGAAGACCCUGAUGCAGGAGAUCUUUGCUCUAACUUUGUGCCUUUGGAUCAAGGCCGGUGUUGGGCCAAGUCUGGGGACACCCUUCUCUUACUCUGCACCAGGACAGGCCAAUGAACUGGUUCUGAUUGAGUGGGGAAACAACCCCAUGGAGCUGCUGAUCAAUGACAAGGUGAGGGAAACAAAACACCAACUCUGCAGGAUUUUUGUUAAACUGAACAGAGCUCACAAAGAUAUCUGUGCUUAGUCUCACUUCUCACUAAUUUGUUGUCCUGUCCACAGGCUGUGACACUCCCCUUGUCCCUGAGAGAUGGCAAGUGGCAUCAUGUUUGUGUGACCUGGGCGACAAGGGACGGACAGUGGGAGGUGUACCAGGAUGGAGUCCAGAGGGGAUCUGGCAUGAAUCUCUCCCCAUGGCAUCCUAUCAAACCUGGAGGUGUAUUUAUCCUGGGACAGGAACAGGUAAAGUGGAUGAGUCAGUCUUAGUAAUUGCCCUCUGCAAAUGCAGUCUAAAAAAAGAAGUAAAGUCAUUUUCUUCCACUCAUCUGGCUCUUGUCUAUACAUCCACUAUCAAUUCUAUCUUAAUAGCGUUCUGCUUAUGAAUAAACAACAUGUGUCAGAUAAUGGAUGAAAACUGAACAGAUUACUAAAAGUAGAAGAAGAUUACUAAAAGUAUAGUUUAACCAAUUCUUUUUUAGAUAUUCAUUCGUUUGUUUCUCCUUCAUCUUCAGGACACUUUGGGAGGCCGUUUUGACGCCACUCAGUCAUUCGUUGGUGAGAUGUCAGACCUGCACAUGUGGUCACAUGUCCUGAGUGCGAGUGAUAUUUACAGCCUGGCGUCCUGCGGCAGUCAUCUCAGAGGAGAUGUCCUCGCUUGGUCUGAAACAGAGCUGGAGCUUCAUGGCGGCGUCUCCAAAUACCCCUUUGAUCCCUGUCAUUGAGAGGCUGUGACAUCAGAAGAACAUGAGGAUUUCUCUGAACGUACUGAGAGCACAUUUGAUGGAUUAAGAAUUCAGGAUUUCACAGAACUUCCUUUGACUUUCAGUCAUUUUUAGGAUGACCACCACUUGGAAUCACUGCCUUCCUUUAAACUUCUUCAGUGACUUCUUCGUCUUAAAAAAGAAAAGCACCUAUAAGUCUGAUGUGUGUUUACAGACACUUGGUAGGGACU